AUGUCCCACCACGCCGCGGCCGCCCCCAGCUUCCUCUUGGCGCCCAUCCCCGAGUGCCCGGCGGCGGCGGCGGCGGAGUGCCUGCAGCCGCACAAGGUCAUCAAGCUGGUCGUGCUGGGGGGCAGCGGCGCGGGCAAGACGGCCUUGAUUGUCCGCUUUCUCACAAAGAGAUUUAUUGGAGACUACGAGGCCAAUGCUGGUGCCUUAUAUUCCAGGAAAUUCACCAUCGAUGGAGAGCAGAUCUCCUUGCAGGUUCAGGACACGCCCUUUGUUUCGUUGGAGGAUGAGAACGACAGCAUCUGCUGCCGGGAACAGAUCAACCGCUCCAUCUACUGGGCAGACGGCUUUGUCUUUGUCUACUCCAUUACAGACUAUGACAGCUACCGUGUCAUCCGCCCCUUGCACCAGCAUGUCCGCAAGAUCCAUCCCAACGCGAACAUCCCGCUGCUGCUGAUGGCCAACAAAGGAGACCUCUUGCGAGCCAGGGAGGUGUCCAGCAAAGAAGGUCACCAGCUGGCCAAUGAACUGGGCUGCACCUACUCAGAGGUGUCUGCGCGGGAGAACUGUGAGGGGGUGCGCGAAGCCUUUCAGCAGCUUUGCCAGGAGAUGAGUCGGAUGAUUGGCAGCUGCAACGGGGAGAAACGAAGAGGGCUCCACCUCGUCCGACCCAAAUCCCCAAACAUGCAGGACUUGAAAAGGCGGCUCAAACAGGCUUUGUCUUCCAAGGGGAAAUCAGCCAUGACACUUUGAUGUAUCUCGGCAGCAGGGGAGAAGCAGGGAGAUUAUUUGUAUUUAUACCUAUUUAUGGUGUUUUUGCCAGCAUCUUUUUGUAUGAUAACAUUCCUUUAUGAGCUGACCAGAUGGCCGAGAUUUAGUCCGAUCUCGUCAGAUCUUUGAAGCUUAGCAGGGUCAACUCUAGCUGGUAUUUAGAUGGAAUCACCUCCAAGGUAGUCCUGGGUUGCUAUGCAGAGGCAAGCAAUGGCCAACCACUUCUGAACACCUUGUGCCUUGAAAACCCUAUGGCAGGGGUCCUCAAACCACGGCCCGUGGGCCAGAUGCGGCCCGCUGAGGACGUUUAUGCGGCCCGCCGGGUUAUGGCAAAAUCAGACCGGAAGUGACGUUCGACCUAAACCUGCGUUGGCAACGCACACUUCCGGCACUGGGCUGAGGCGGCGGAGACAGAGUGUGAGGUGAUACCGAGGUGAGGUGAGUUCCCAGGCCGGGGUGUGUGGUGUGGGGAAGGGAGAGAGAUGCAGAAGACGGAGAACUGAUGGCCUACGGCCUUGUACAGUAACGGCAGUCCAGUCCUCCAACAGUCUGAGGGACAGUGAACUGGCCCCCUAUUAAAAAAGUUUGAGGACCCCUGCCCUACGGGGUUGCUUAAGUCAGCUGUGACUUGACAGCACUUUCCAUGACCAUGACAAGAAGGCUACAAAGCUGGGUGGCAAACUUUGGAAGCUGCACACUUCCGGUAAAGAGGCCUCUGGUGGUAGACACAGACGUCCCUUAAAAAGAGAGGUUAUAGCAGAUUUCUUCACCUGCUACCUAAGCUUGACCUAAUUUGCUUGGCAGGUGUACAUAUCAGCUAUUUAAACACUACUUCAGUCUGGUGGUCUUGCCCCUCCACUGUAUUCUGGGGUUUCCCCAGCAGAGAUCUAUUCAUUUCUCCAUGCCAUAUGAUUAUCCUGUGCCUUAUUAAAAAGAGUGCAACAUUUUAAA